AGAGUUGCUAAGCCCCGCCCACUACACUUUACCCACGUGAUAUAGUGACGUGCUUCCGGCGCGGUUCUACUUCCUUUUCCGGUUAUCUGGUGCCCUUGUCCUUCUAUAGGAGAGAACGAGACAUACAGCAGCACCAUGUUCCGUCACCUACAGGCCCUUCGUCAGGUUUCUCAGCGGACCUUCAGCAGCUCCACGCGGAGGCCGCGCCAAAAUAAGGUUGCAGAAAAGCAGAAGCUAUUUCAGGAGGAUAAUGGCAUUCCAGUUCAUCUAAAGGCAGGGACUGGAGAUUUAUUAUUGUACAGGCUGACCAUGGGGCUUACAGUCUUUGGAACUGCUUAUGCCUUGUUUGAGAUUGUCAAGGCUGCACUUCCCAAAAAGAAUUGAUUCCAGCUUCUGUCAUUUCCACUUCUGUCCAAUUCUGUAUGAUGCAUCAGGGAUUGUUCUGUCCUUGUCAUAAAGACCUCAGUAACUGAUGGGAACAAUAUUUAUUAAAAUGUACUGUACAAGCUGCUUGGAAUAAAGCAGUUUUACAUGA